GCCACCGGGUGCACGGUGAUCCUUUGCACGGAUGGCGCGGUGGGCGGCGUCGCCGUGCGCGGCGGGUCUCCGGGGACGCGGGAGACCGAUUUGCUGGACCCGAUCCGACGGGUCGACCGGGUCCACGGUAUCUUGCUGAGUGGGGGAAGCGCGUUCGGCCUGGCUGCGGCCGGAGGGGUGCAGCAGUGGCUGGAAGAGCGCGGGAUAGGUUUCGAGACGCCACAUGGUCACGUUCCCAUUGUUCCGGCGGCGAUACUGUACGACCUGGGUGUGGGCAGGUCGGACGUGCGUCCCGACGGGGCGGCGGGUUAUGCGGCGUGCGAAGUGGCGGAUGCGGACGUGCUGGCGGCAGGUUCGGUGGGAGCCGGAACCGGCGCGACGGUGGGUGCGAUCAAAGGGGGUAUUGGUUCGGCUUGUUGCGUGCUGCCGGACGGUGUCUCCGUGGGCGCGGCAGUUGCGGUCAAUGCGUGGGGAGGGAUCUACGAUCAUCGUGACGGGGGUUUGAUCGCGGGUCCCCGGGGCGAAGAUGGCGCGAUGGCGGAUCCGGUAGAGGUUAUGUUGACCGGAACGUCCUCGUCCGGGACAUCGUUGCUGACGAACACCACCAUUGGCGUCGUGGCGACGGACGCAAAUUUGGAUAAGAUGCAGGUCAAUUUCGUCGCAUCCUCAUCCCACGACGGGAUGGCGCUGACCAUUCGGCCGUGCCACACGCCCAGCGACGGCGAUACGAUGUUUUGCGUGGCGACGGGCCGGAACUCCGCGCCCGUGAACUUGAUGGCCAUCGUUACGGCGGCCACCCACGUGACCGCGCUGGCGAUUUUGGACGCGAUACAGUCCGCGCGGGGUUUGGCGGGGAUACCGGCGAUAUCGGAGAUGACGCAUGGUCAGGGCUGA